GGGCCGCGCAAUCAUCGGGGGGCAAGGGAGCUCCCGGGGUCGCUAUGGCAACGCGCGCCCGCCCGCAUCCCUGCGCCCCGCCCGCUCUGGGGCCUGGCUGCUGGGGCCAAUGGACGGGCGGGGACCGCGGCGUCCGGGGACCGAGAUGGCUUCCCAGUCUCGCUGGUGGUGGACGGAGGGCUGGGGAGGGGAUCGGUGCGGUGCUAAGCCCCGGAAGCGCGCCCGUGGGGCCUCCGGUGCCAGCUGCUGGGGACGCCGAGAGAGCCGGGUCGGCUCUAGGGACUGCCGGGGAGCGCGGCUGCCGGCUCCACCUGCGGCCUCUGCUGCACAGCCGCCCUCCUAGGCUCGUCCGCUGCAGGUUACAGCUACAAAAGACCCCACAGCUGUGGAGAGAGCCAACUUGUUAAACAUGGCUAAGUUGAGCAUCAAAGGACUCAUUGAGUCUGCCCUGAGCUUUGGCCGCACCCUGGACUCGGACUACCCCCCUCUGCAGCAGUUCUUCGUGGUUAUGGAGCACUGCCUGAAACACGGCCUUAAAGUGAGAAAAUCAUUUUUGAGUUAUAAUAAAACUAUUUGGGGCCCUCUGGAACUGGUGGAGAAGCUGUAUCCAGAAGCAGAGGAAAUCGGAGCAAGUGUCCGGGAUUUGCCUGGCCUUAAGACCCCCCUGGGUCGAGCUAGGGCGUGGCUCCGAUUAGCCCUCAUGCAAAAGAAAAUGGCCGAUUACCUGCGUUGCUUGAUUAUCCAGCGGGAGCUGCUGAGUGAGUUCUACGAGUACCACGCACUAAUGAUGGAGGAAGAAGGAGCUGUGAUUGUUGGGCUGCUGGUCGGUCUGAACGUCAUUGAUGCCAAUCUGUGUGUGAAGGGCGAGGAUCUUGACUCCCAGGUUGGAGUGAUUGAUUUCUCAAUGUAUUUAAAGAAUGAAGAAGAGAUUGGAAACAAAGAAAGGAAUGUUCAAAUUGCUGCCAUCUUAGACCAAAAGAAUUACGUUGAGGAACUGAAUAGACAACUCAGCAGCACAGUCAGCAGCCUCCAUUCAAGAGUUGACUCGCUAGAAAAGUCAAACACGAAGCUGAUCGAAGAGUUAGCCAUAGCGAAGAACAACAUCAUUAAGCUCCAGGAAGAAAACCAUCAGUUGCGGAGUGAGAACGAGUUGAUCUUAAUGAGAACGCGGCAGCACCUGGAGGUUACCAAAGUGGAUGUGGAAACUGAGCUUCAAACGUACAAGCAUUCCCGGCAAGGUCUAGACGAAAUGUAUAACGAUGCCAGAAGGCAGCUUCGAGACGAGUCCCAGCUGCGGCAGGAUGUGGAGAAUGAGCUAUCGGUACAAGUUGGCAUGAAACAUGAGAUUGAGCUUGCUAUGAAGUUGUUGGAGAAAGACAUUCAUGAGAAACAAGACACCCUCAUAGGCCUUCGGCAACAGCUGGAAGAAGUCAAAGCAAUCAACAUUGAGAUGUACCAAAAGCUGCAGGGCUCUGAAGACAGCUUGAAAGAAAAAAAUGAAAUAAUUGCCCGACUAGAAGAAAAGACCGAUAAAAUCACUUCGGCCAUGAGGCAGCUGGAGCAAAGAUUGCAGCAAGCAGAGAAGGCACAAAUGGAAGCGGAAGAUGAGGAUGAGCGAUGUACCCACGAGUGUCUGAGCAAAUCCGACAGUCUGCAGAGACAGAUCACACAGAAGGAGCAGCAGCUGGUGCAGCUGGAAACGGAUUUGAAGAUUGAGAAGGAAUGGAGGCAGACUUUGCAAGAAGAUCUUCAAAAGGAGAAAGAUGUCCUAUCUCAUCUUAGAAAUGAGACCCAACAAAUCAUUAGUCUUAAAAAAGAGUUUCUUAACCUCCAGGAUGAAAAUCAGCAGUUGAAAAAAAUAUAUCACGAACAAGAACAGGCUCUGCAAGAACUCGGCAGCAAACUUUGCGAAUCCAAACUUAAAAUAGACGACAUAAAAGAAGCCAACAAAGCAUUACAGGGACUGGUCUGGCUGAAAGACAAAGAGGCAACGCACUGCAAGCUUUGUGAGAAGGAAUUUUCACUCUCCAAAAGAAAGCAUCACUGUAGAAACUGUGGGGAAAUUUUCUGCAAUGCCUGCUCUGACAACGAGCUGCCUUUGCCUUCUUCACCAAAGCCAGUGAGAGUCUGUGAUUCCUGCCAUGCAAUACUCAUUCAGAGAUGCUCCUCUAACGUGCCGUGACCCGGGAACUCAGUCCUCCUGCACAGAAGCACCUGCAGUGAGUGUGAGGACCAAGUGUCCAGUCAGCACCGUACCUCUCCUCCAGCUAACACACAGAAUUCUAAGUUGUAUAGUUAGGAUUCCGUUUCUGCACUUACUUGGAUUUUAAGAUAGCAUGUUUUAUCACUACUUUGAACAGUCAUGUAACCCUUAAGGAAAGGCCGGACAGCAGAGCUAAAGAUGUACUUUUGCCUUAUCUUCUAGAGGCCUUCUUGAGAACGAGGCCACAACUUGUUUCUGAACUGUUGAGCUGGCACUUGAUGGUGCCUGUAACUCUGUUUAAUGCACUUUAAAGCUUCACAAUUCUCAGAGGAAGACUGGAAAUGCACCCACUUUGUGAUAGUAUGCCAAUUGAACAUCCUUUUUUGAAAUAAGAUUGAAACAAAGUUGUCCAUUUUUGACCAUGGACUUCCUUGCCUCAGCUACGAAGUGCUGGGAUCAUAGGUGUGUGCUUCCAUACCAGGCUGCACAGUCUUCAUUGUCUGGUAAGACUCUAAUUUAAUUGUAUUUAUUUGUGUGUUCUUUUCCCCUCUUCUACAAUGGUCAGUAAUUUUAUCUCAUACCUUUCUUUUCGCUUGCCUACACCUUUCAUAUAGUGGACUGAAGUACCAGCUUUCCCUUUAAUUCUUUAAGGGAUGUUAAUAUAACCAUCAUAUAUAUAACCUUGUCACAGAAGCUCCUUUUUGUAAAGGGUUGGCCUCCAAAGACGAAAACAUCCUUCCUGAGGGAUGAUGGGAAAACACAGGCUUUUUAAAGAUUCUAAGUAUUAAAAAUAAGAACAUUUAAAACUUACCUAUGCUAUAACAGAAUUAGUUUCUCCAUCCUCCAGUUCUCUUAGGAAACAUUAUAUUGCAGUGUUACAUCUACCCACAGUAGAAUUUUACCCGAUAUAUCAAGGACCUUUAUGCUAUGGUCUUAGGCAGAUAGUGGUUUCUUAUUUUUUCAAGCAGAAAAACAAAACAUUAAGUUACUUAAACCAUGACCAUUCAGGAUCUUAAUAUUAUUAAUCUCCAGUUUUGCACUUUUAAAUCUAUAAACUCUAUAGAGAUUUUACAUUCCUAAAAGACAGUUUAGUGACUGGGCACUUUUCUGAUUCCUUAUUCUUUGAGAUCUUUUCAUUUGUUGUAUUUCAGUAAGUUUUAUAAUUUGCCAAAAUUACAAAACCAGUAUUUUCACCAGCUUCUGAGGUUAACUUAAAUUAGAUUUUGAGAUGUCCCAUUUUUUGGAAACAGGGAUUCAUGUAACCCAAGUUGGCUUCUAACUUGGUGUGUAGCAAAGGAUGACCUUGAACUCCACAUAUCCCAACUCCUGAGAUUACAACUAUGUGGUGCUGAGGAUGGAACCCCUGGCUUUGUGCAGGCCAGGUAGUACCAACUGAUCUACCCAGCCCCCAAGAUGUCAUUUGUUGAGUACUGACAGAAGUGGCCUUGAAACAGAAUUAAGAUGGUAAGGCAAGAAAGAAUGUUACAAGUUCAAGGCCAGUCUGGUCCAUCCCUAUAACUCCAAAUUAGCUUAUGCUAUGUAUAUAUACAUACAAUAGUGAAAACCUGGCUCAAAUAUUAGAAAAAUAAUUACAUUCUUGAACCAUUUUUGUUGUUGUUGUUUUGUUUGUAUUUUGAGACAGGGUUUCUCUGUAGCGUUGGAGCCUGUCCUGGAACUAGCUCUGUAGACUAGGCUGGCCCUGAACUCAGACAUCCACCUGUCUCUAGGAUUAAAGGUGUGUACUACCACUGCCUGGCUUCUGAACCAUUUUGUAUUGAUGAGAAUAGACUAAGAUUUUUAUGACUGUUGGAAGUGAGCAUAAAUGAAAAAAUUUCAAAUACUUUAUUUUGUGCUUUUUGUUAUAAACAUGGACCUUUUCUGGGGCAGCAUUAACUUGAUCCCCAAUGUCUGGGAUGAGAAUAUAGCUCAGUGGCAAAAUGUUUGCUUACUGUGUGUAUUAAAGUCCUGGGUUCUCAAACCACAGCACCACUAGCAAAAAAACAAAA